GCGGCGGCGGCGGCGGCGGCCGCGGCCACGACCCAGACAUCUGGGACUGUUGUUGUUCUCUCGUGGUGGGACCGCCUCAGUCCGUUCGCACAGAAAGAGACCCGGAGCUGGUUUGGUGGGAGCGGGCGGCCGCAUCCCCCCUCUCUCCUGCUUCUCCAAAGCUGCAGCAGGAGCUGGCUCAGACACCCCGCGGUUGGCCCUCACACCCCAGUAUGGCUGCCAUGGCUGAAAAUGCAGAGGGGGACCUGAACUCCAACCUGCUCCACACCCCGUACCACACCGGGGAUCCUCAGCUAGACACGGCCAUCGGGCAGUGGCUCCGUUGGGAUAAGAAUCCCAAAACAAAAGAGCAGAUUGAAAAUCUGUUACGGAAUGGGAUGAACAAGGAGCUGCGAGAUCGUCUUUGUUGCCGAAUGACUUUUGGGACUGCAGGACUUCGUUCUGCUAUGGGGGCAGGAUUUUGCUAUAUUAAUGACCUUACAGUAAUACAGUCAACACAGGGAAUGUACAAAUACCUUGAAAGAUGUUUCUCAGACUUCAAGCAGAGAGGCUUUGUUGUUGGGUAUGACACCCGGGGUCAAGUAACUAGCAGCUGCAGCAGCCAGAGACUUGCUAAACUCACUGCUGCAGUCUUACUGGCCAAAGAUGUUCCUGUGUACCUUUUUUCAAAAUAUGUUCCUACACCUUUUGUACCAUAUGCAGUCCAGGAGCUCAAAGCAGUUGCAGGUGUGAUGAUUACUGCUUCUCACAACCGCAAAGAAGAUAAUGGAUACAAGGUUUAUUGGGAAACUGGUGCUCAGAUCACAUCUCCUCAUGAUAAAGAAAUUCUGAAAUGUAUCGAAGAAUGUGUGGAACCUUGGAAUGGUUCCUGGAAUGAUAAUUUAGUGGAUACCAGCCCACUGAAGAGAGAUCCUCUGCAGGACAUUUGCAGAAGAUACAUGGAAGAUCUUAAAAAGAUCUGUUUUCACAGGGAAUUAAACUCAAAGACCACCUUGAAAUUUGUACAUACAUCUUUCCAUGGGGUUGGACACGACUAUGUGCAGUUGGCUUUCCAAGUAUUUGGUUUUAAGCCUCCAAUUCCAGUACCAGAACAAAAAGAUCCUGAUCCAGACUUUUCUACCGUUAAAUGCCCAAAUCCUGAAGAAGGAGAAUCUGUGCUGGAACUUUCUUUGAGACUGGCAGAGAAAGAAAAAGCCCGCGUAGUGCUAGCCACAGAUCCUGAUGCAGACCGGCUGGCAGUGGCAGAGCUUCAGGAGAAUGGUCACUGGAAAGUUUUCACAGGGAAUGAAUUGGCAGCUUUGUUUGGGUGGUGGAUGUUUGAUUGCUGGAAGAAAAAUACAUCAAGAAAUGCUGAUGUGAAGAACGUUUAUAUGUUAGCCACCACAGUCUCUUCCAAAAUUUUGAAGGCAAUUGCACUCAAAGAAGGAUUUCAUUUUGAAGAAACAUUACCAGGUUUUAAAUGGAUUGGAAGUAGGAUAAAAGACCUCCUGGAAAAUGGGAAAGAAGUCCUUUUUGCAUUUGAGGAGUCGAUUGGUUUUCUGUGUGGCACUUCGGUUUUGGAUAAAGAUGGGGUGAGUGCAGCCGUAGUUGCUGCCGAGAUGGCAGCUUACCUGGAAACCAUGAAUAUAACAUUGAAACAGCAACUGAUUAAGGUUUAUGAAAAAUAUGGUUAUCAUAUUUCGAAAACUUCAUAUUUCUUGUGUUAUGAUCCAAGUACCAUCAAAAGUAUAUUUGAAAGGCUUCGCAAUUUUGAUUCUCCAAAAGAAUAUCCAAAAUUCUGUGGGACAUUUGCUAUAUUGCACAUACGGGACGUUACCACUGGCUAUGAUAACAGCCAGCCUAAUAAGAAAUCAAUUGCUUUCUGUGUGUUCAACAGGCAUUUAUCAAAGCCCUUCGGUGCUACAGAUAUUGGCACACUGGAGAAGGAGCAAUGA